AUGUCUCAAUCAACUCCGAUUGAAAUCACCAUAAAAGGUUUACAAGAACAAAUCAAGGAAUUAAACGAAAUAAUUUUGGGUUUGGAUGCUACUACCUCACCAAUACUAAAAUCUGAUCUACCCUCUUCAAACAAAGAAAUAGAAUUAUUAAAAAUAGAAAAUUUGAAAUUAAACUUUCGUAUUAAACAUUUAUUAAACAGUUUAGAUAAAAAAGAUGAUGAAAUCUCCAAGUUGAAAAAUCAACUGGAAA